GGGGGGGCGGGGGUCAGGAAGAGUGGGACGGCAGGGCAAGUGGACGCGUGGACGGAUAGACUUGCAGACGGGACAGCCGCAGCCGUAGCCCCUUCAAGCCCUGCUUAACUCCUGAUGCGUGGGGGGAUGUAGCUCCUCUUGCUGGGGGAUGCUGGGGGGUUCCUGGCGCCGGGCAUCGGGAUCACCCGCUAAAUCCGUGUGCCUACCCAGUGCCCCUAGGGAACCGGAGUCCGGCAGCGGGAGAAAAAGCAGCAGCUGCGGAGACGCUGCAGGGUGCCGGGCGGGGAGGGGGCUGGAGGCCCCAGGCCUGACGGCAUGGAGCGGUUAGGAGAGAAAGCCAGUCGCCUGCUGGAGAAGUUAAGACUCUCGGACUCCGGCAGCGCUAAGUUCGGCCGCAGGAAGGGUGAAUCUAGCCGGUCUGAUGGGACCCCCGGGCCGGGCAAAGGGCGCCUGAGUGGGUCGGGGGGACCUAGGAAAUCAGGGCCCCGUGGAGCUACCGGGGGACCUGGGGAUGAACCGUUGGAGCCAGCCCGGGAGCAAGGCCCCCUGGACGCUGAGCGGAACCCGCGCGGCUCCUUUGAGGCGCAGCGCUACGACGGCUCCUUUUCCGGAGGUCUGACUCCCACCCGGGCCUUGCCUCUACCUCAGUCAAUGACCCCAGACUUUCGACUGGAGACCACGGCCCCAGCUCUAAGCCCCCGCUCUAGUUUCGCCAGUAGCUCAGCCAGCGACGCAAGCAAGCCAUCCAGCCCCCGAGGCAGCCUGCUGCUGGACGGGGCGGGGGCUGGCGGAGCCGGAGGUAGCCGACCCUGCAGCAAUCGUACCAGUGGCAUCAGCAUGGGCUACGACCAGCGCCACGGCAGUCCCCUGCCUGUCGGGCCAUGCCUGUUUGGCCCGCCUCUGGCAGGGGCUCCUGCGGGCUAUUCCCCUGGAGGGGUGCAGUCCGCUUACCCAGAGCUCCACGCUGCCCUGGACCGACUUUGCACUCACCGGCCCCCGGGGUUUGGCUGCCAGGAAAGCCGCCACUCGUAUCCCCCGGCCCUGGGCAGCCCUGGGGCUCUAGCCGGGGCUGGAGUGGGAGCGGCAGGGCCCUUGGAGAGGCGAGGGGCGCAACCCGGACGACAUUCGGUGACCGGCUACGGGGACUGCGCUGCGGGUGCCCGAUAUCAGGAUGAGUUAACAGCGUUGCUGCGCCUGACGGUGGGCACAGGUGGACGUGAGAUCGGUGCCCGUGGGGAUCCCUUGGGGAUUGAGCCGUCUGGUCUCGACGAGCCGCCGGGUGCAUUCGUUCCCGAGGCCACCCGACCCCGAAUGCGGGAGCCGGAGGCCAGAGAGGACUACUUCGGCACCUGUAUCAAGUGCAACAAAGGCAUCUAUGGGCAAAGCAACGCCUGCCAGGCCCUGGACAGCCUCUACCACACCCAGUGCUUUGUCUGCUGCUCCUGUGGGCGAACUUUGCGCUGCAAGGCUUUCUACAGCGUCAAUGGCUCUGUGUACUGUGAGGAAGAUUAUCUGUUUUCAGGGUUUCAGGAGGCAGCUGAGAAAUGCUGUGUUUGUGGUCACUUGAUUUUGGAAAAGAUCCUACAGGCAAUGGGAAAGUCCUAUCAUCCAGGUUGCUUCCGAUGCAUCGUGUGCAACAAGUGCCUGGAUGGCAUCCCCUUCACAGUAGACUUCUCCAACCAGGUGUACUGUGUCACCGAUUACCACAAAAAUUAUGCUCCUAAAUGUGCAGCUUGUGGCCAACCCAUCCUCCCCUCAGAGGGCUGUGAGGACAUUGUGAGGGUGAUAUCCAUGGACCGAGAUUAUCACUUUGAGUGUUACCACUGUGAGGACUGCCGGAUGCAGCUAAGUGAUGAAGAAGGCUGCUGCUGCUUCCCUCUGGAUGGGCACUUGCUCUGCCACAGUUGUCAUAUGCAACGGCUCAACGCUCGACAGCCCCCUGCCAACUAUAUCUGAGCUGCAGUCACUGCUGUUGCCAUCACCACCAUUGAUAAAUUCCUCUGGCCAGUGGGCCCCCCGAAACCAGCUGAGGCAAAGGAUGUACUUCACAGGCAUGGCAAAAGAGUCCUUUGGGGAGGGCCCCAAGGGCCAGAGACCCAAAGAUCAUGACAUUCCAAAUGGAUUGUGGAGGAGGAACCUUCCAGUUACCAUAGCGGGGGUGACUGGCCUUUUUUCCGCAUGUGUAACCUGUGCUAUAGCAUAUACUUAAGCACACACAGGCAGGUUCCAAUACACUCUAAAGGUUGGAUUCUAGUCUAUAUCUCCAGUAUAUGUCUGCAUAAAUCAAGCAAUGUUCUGGUUCUGGAUUAUAGGAAGAGAAGAAAGACAUUGUGGAAGCUCCUGAUUGUUUUGUACCCCAGAUAUGGGGUCAGCCAGGUUCUUACCACACCACUGUAUCUUGUUUCUGUGUCUAGAUGAAGAGGUUGACCUUAUUAGUGAGGUAUUUCUUGGCCAUCUUCUUUCUAAGGACUAAGAGAGCUGCUCACCUCUCUGCUGGGAAUGGAGACCCGCUCCAGGUGGGCCUGCUGCCUAUAUUGCCUGUUUCUCAGGGACUCACAUGGGCCUGGGAAGACUAACUGGGUGCCUGUACUUUGUUUCUCUUUUCCUCAGCUGGGGGAAGAGGUAAUAAGUGGGUCUCUGGGUAUGAAAUUGCUUGGGGAGACGUUUAGGAAGCUUCAGGCUAUUCAUACUCCCCAGGUGUAAGUGCACAGAGCCCUCCUGCUCAGUAUAUGCACCCAUGGGCAUAUUCUCACACACACCUACUCACUCCCUUCUUCUCAGGUCACUCUUACACUUGGUUCCCUAAUAGUAGCUCACUACUCCGGAGCUGCCACCUUUCAGAGGGAUCCAGGAUUACAUCUACUGAAACCCCAAACUCUGAGGUUCUGGGGAGCCAGAGUUACAAAACAUUUUGACUUGGUUCUAGUUAGUUUUGCUGAAAUCUGUUCACCUAAAGCUAGGUCUUUUAAAACCAAUUCACCGAAAACCUGUGUGUUUAAAGUUCGUACCACUGCCAAAAGCUCAAAUCCCUUUUGGGUUUUUUGGGGGGUUUUUUUAGCCAUUUAGGUGUUCUAUUCUUUUUUGUCAUGCUUUGGGUAUUUCAAGGAUUUAUAUCUAUUCAUCUAAGAAUACUUCUGAGUUAUCAGCAACAUAAAUUUAUCAAAUUUGCAGCACUUUGUAAAUGAUGAGACUGCUUCCUCCUACCUUUAUGGGUAUCUCUUUUUAUGUUAUCUACUUUUAAAACACUUUUUUAAAAAGCUUGAAGUUUCUAGCAAUAAAUGUAAUUGGUACAGACGUUUUGGUGUAUCAUUUUUUUGUUUCUUAAUCCAAUAUUCCUUUACAAAUUAGAUGCCUUGGAAAAUGUAACGAAGCUCAAUAUGAUAUGCUUUGGUCUAACUUCUACAUCCAUGCUGUUAAAAUGCCAAUAUAUUCUAAGCAAAUGAAUAGGCAUGUGGCAUAUUCAGUUGACUAACAAUUCAAAGUUAUACAGACAACCUCAAUAAAAGGUGAAAGGGUGAACGCUAAAUCCUUUUGAAAAUGCUGCAGAUUUGAUAAAUAUUUAUUUUAGACUGAUUGCCUCUAGGUAAAUUGGUUUUAGGCAAAUUAAUCUGAUAAUCUUGGAUCCUUAGUCUUCAUUCCCUGUCACUUACAAUUUCAUAAUGGAAAUGAUUACUCCUGAGAACAGAGGUUCUGUAUUUAGGGGUUACUCCAAGAUGACUGCCAGCCAACCUGGGAAAUGCACAGAAGAGGCCUCAGUGAGAAUGUGAGUGAGAGAGUUCAGAUUCAUACUACCAACUACCAGAGGGGGGGAAAUGCACUUUUUGGAGGGAUAAAUGUUCUGAUACUAGAUUGCAUGUUCUAAAACCGGGAUUCUGAACUAUUAUAAGUGAAUACAAAGACUGUGGCUGGGAAAACUUUCUCACAGCAGGGUGCCCCAGGCCUGGGAAAUCCAGAGAACCAUGUGUAGCUUUAUACCCAUCCCUUCAGUUCUGUCUUUACUUUUGAGGGUCUUGUCUACUCUGUCAUUCUGAUCCUUUGUUUCUUACUCUGAUUUUGUUGCUGACUGGCUGAUUCUUUUCUAGGACUGUGCUCACUAAGACUGUUCUUGCCACUGUUGCUACUCUUUCCUGAGGAAAAAACAAUUUUAAUAUCUGAUGAGGACAUGCCCAGGGAAGCCACUAGGCCUGAGAUGGAGUAAGGGAGAAAAUAGAAGAAUUAUGCAUCCAUUUUGUGUCUCUCUAGGUUAGUCACAGGACAGGGGUCAAGUUUUCACAGAAGGCUUUGGGUAUUAGCUCUGGCUAGCUGUGUGUGUUACAGGCCUGAAUGUGGUUUAUCAAGAAUAAGGCUGGUGGUGGUUCUCUCUCUGCCUUACUCCUUAGAGAUCUGUUUUCCCCCUUCACCACCUGGUGCUCUCAAGACCAGGAAAUGGUAAGAUUCCAUUUAUAAGUAGCCUGGAGACUGUCCUCAGCCAAGGAAGAGGACAGUUUGUUUCCAUUUUGUUAUUUAGAUUCCACAUAUAAGUGAAAUCAUGGUAUUUGUCUUUUUCUGUCUAACAUUUCUAGAGAAAGCUAAUUCCAGGCACAUAAAGCCAGUUGGCAAGGUCCUUGAGAUUGUACCUGUACAGAAGGGAAUAAAAAGGGGAAGGAGACUAUUAGACCUGAAAUAAAAGGAUUGGGAAAAGCAAGUGA